AAUUAAAUUAAUUUCUUAUAUUUAUUAGUAUAAUUAAUUAUUAAAUAUGAAAUUAUUAUUAGUAUUGAUAUGUGGAUUGGUUUGUAUUGUGAGCGCAGACUAUCCUAUAGAGGACUAUAAGGCGGUCGCAAAGUCCCGGGACUUCACGGGGAAAGUGGUUCUCGUGACCGGUUCCUCGUCGGGCAUCGGAGAGGGAAUCGUUAAACUGUUCUCAAUAUUAGGGGCUAAUGUUGUGGUCACCGGAAGGAAAGCACAGGACGUCCAACGAGUGGCCAAAGAGGUCCAGGAAUUGUCGCCACUAAAAUUGAAGCCAUUAGAAGUUGUGGGAGAUUUGACCAAAACUUCUGAUGUAAACAAUUUAAUCGACUCUACGGUCAAAACGUUUGGCAAAAUCGAUGUAUUGGUCAAUAACGCCGGUAUAUAUCCGCAGACAAACAUUACACAACCGGAUCUGUUGUCAGUUUGGGAUCAGAUAUUUGCCGUCGAUUUACGCGCUGUCGUAGAACUCAUCCAUCAAUCGGUUCCACAUCUGGAGAAAACCAACGGAACUAUUAUUGAUAUCUCAAGUGUGACAUCACUCGCACCGAUGAAAAUUUAUCUAGCUUAUGCAUCGGCCAAAGCAGGUAUGGAUAUGUUGACCAAAAUAUUAGCCCUGGAAUUGGGAUCGAAAAAUAUUCGGGUCAAUACAAUUAAUCCGGGUGCUAUACAUGUGAGAGACCCUCUGACACCAUUUGAAAAACUUGCGGCGAAAUACACCCCAUUAGGAAGAUUGGGUGAACCGCUAGACAUCGCCCGUGCGGUCGCAUUCCUGGCCUCCACUGACGCCCAGUUCAUUACCGGCGCUAAUCUGGUGGUCGACGGCGGGGCUAUAUAUAACGCCGGAGCCGCUAAUAUAUUGUAAACUCGUUUAAUAACUUUUUAUUUAAUUAAUAUAAAUG